AAUAUAUUUGAGUGAAGCAGAGAAAGAUGCAGAUCAGCACAACAUCUAUGGCUGUGUUUCUUAUACAUAGGAACAUCAGCUCAAGACUCACUCAAACUGCACUUGUUGUCGCUCCAGAUUUCAGCUCCGCCCCGAAACUGACGUCACGUAGGUGAAUCCACAAGUUCAGGUGCGUCUUUGAGAGCGCUCAGAGCACAUCAGGUCUAGUCAGCGGUAAAUCAGUGGACUGCGUCUCACCCUAGACGGUCUCUCCCUGGAGCUCUGUUGGAUCUGACUAUGGCAGAGUGAACCAAGCAGGAGAAGUGGGGGUACAUGGAGCCUCCCUGACAUUCAGGAGAGAAAAGCCCUCACCCCCUCUCUCCUCUGGUCUCUCCACAGGGUAGGUGUGUGUUCUGGGCCAGAGGAGCAGGAGAGAUGACCUGGGGGACCCUGUACGCCCAGCUGGCUGGUGUGAACCGCCACUCUACCAGCCUGGGGAAGGUGUGGCUUUCUGUCCUCUUCAUCUUCCGGGUCACCGUGCUGGUCCUGGCGGCCGAAAGCGUCUGGGGGGACGAACAGAGCGACUUUGUCUGCAACACCCUGCAGCCGGGCUGCGAGAACGUCUGCUACGACCACUUCUUCCCCGUGUCCCACAUCAGGCUCUGGUGUCUGCAGCUUAUCUUCGUCUCCACGCCCGCUCUCCUCGUCGCCAUGUACGUGGCCUACCGUCAUCACACCGACAAACGCCAGGUCCUGCAGCAGGGUUCAGUCGGGGGGCGUUGCCGCAGCGACAAGGCCCAGGCGGCCCAGGAGGCUGAGCUAGAGAGUCUGAGGAGGCGGAGGCUGCCAAUCGCCGGGCCGCUGUGGUGGACGUACGCCUGUAGUCUGGUCUUCCGCCUGCUGUUCGAGGGAGGCUUCAUGUAUGCUCUAUACGUGUUGUACGACGGCUUCCAGAUGCCCAGGCUGGUCCAGUGUGACCAGUGGCCCUGUCCCAAUGUGGUGGACUGCUUUGUCUCCCGCCCCACAGAAAAAACUGUCUUCACUGUUUUCAUGGCCGCCUCCUCCUGCGUCUGUAUGGCACUCAACAUGGCCGAACUGGCCUACCUGGUCGCCAAGGCUAUCGCUCGGUGCCCGUCAUCACGGCGCAGAGGGGGGAAACAGAAAGGGGAGGGUGCAAACUGUUCCUCAACCUCUUCCAAAGACAAGACUCUGCAGCAGAACAAGAAGAAUGAGAAGUUGUUGUCGUCCUCUUCGUCUGGGUCCACCUGCAGCAAGGCGGUGUGAGGACGGGGGAGCUAUAGACAUAGCGUGCAUAUGCACACACAGACGUGCAAAACAUAAGUAGUACACACACAAACACACCGAAUCAUAAAUAUGUGUAAACACUGUGUAGUCCACUCCAGACAUGCACAGAAGCUCUCCUUCCCCGCUUCAGUCACUGGAGUCACUACACCAUCUAGUGGCCAAUAUUCACACAUGGCCACUGACCCCUCACAGGCAAAGACAGGCCUGCAAACAGACAGACAGACAGACAGACAGACAGACAGACAGACAGACAGAUUGCUCCUAUGGAAUUGUGAUGUUGGUAAUGAAGAGAUAACAUUGUAAAUACACUGACAAUGGCAUUCGCAGAAUCACAGUAGAGUACUAUGAGUAAAGGCUUAUGCAAUGACCUACAGAGGAUGUGUGUGUUUUAAAAA